AUGGCAAAAAUUCGUCUUACACUUAUUUUAUUACAUGUUUUUAUAACGAUUUUUUUAAUCUAUAGUCUUCAUCCUCAUUUAUCUCGUACUUCAAAUGAAUCUAAUACUGAAAAACAAAUUUCAUCAAUUAUUGGUUAUUUAAAUCAUUUAUUUUGCACAACAUUUUAUCAUUCAUUAUGUAUUCUUGCUCUAUGGCUUAGACAUCGUUAUGAUGCUGGAUUAAUCCGUGCAAGUGGUGUAUUAUUAAUUGGAGAAUUAUUACAAACUUUUACAGUUAUUGUUCAACACGCUCUUGAUACAAAGCCUAUUCCUCGUCCAGAACUUUUUCUCGAUGUUAUUUGUGUAUGGAUAUUUUUAGCAGCAAUAUUACUUACAUUUCAUUUAGCUAAAAACGUUUCUAAAUAUGAACAACAUACAUUAAAAUUCGAAUCAAUUCAAACACGUGCUAAUGAAGAAUCAACAGAUGGUAGAGGAGAUUUUUCACUUUAA